UCGACGGUCCAACCUCCAAAUCACACCUUCGACGGUAGGCAUGUUAUUUCUGAGAGGGGGCUGGCUGGCUGGCUGGCUGGCUGGUCGCGAUGCUGCCAAGUUUCAAUAGAUGCUGCAUCGUCGUCGUCAUCGUCUCUCCCUCGGUCUGCCCGUUUGCGUUCAACACAAAUAUGUCGCUCACGUGUGCUGGUACGAGCAGUAUGCAGCCUCUAGUUGGAGAUAUAUUGUUGAGAAACACGAAGUCGUCGUACAAUAUAUACGCAGGAGCACGACGGGGAGCAAUCAAGCGUACAGAGAAGGGAAAAUGGGGUGAGGGAGUAAGCGCGAGCAGGGAGCAGGGAGGCAGGUUGGUCGAAGGGGAAGGGUGGACAACAACGGUAGCGACAACGACGACGAUGACAACGAAGGCGGACGAGCGGACGGGAUGGACAUGUGGCAGCCGGAGAGCAGAGCUCAACGGGCUUGGGGGGGAGCAGGGGGGGAGAGAAGAGGAGCAGGAGCAGGAGCAGGAGCACGGAGGUUCGAACCCCCAAAGCGGAUCGAUCGAUUUAUCGACGUCGGCGAGCCUACUACUGGGCGAGACCGGACACAACGCCGAGGGCGGGCGAUGAGUUAGAAGUGAUGGAUGUCCCUAGUGUCCAGCUUAGCCAGCCAGAGCUUUGGUUGUGCCGGCGGCGGGCGGACGGGGAAAUGGGUCAUGGGCGUAUGGAAGGUGGAUGGAGGUGUUUCCGCCAUCUCUACCUAGUAAUAAAACUAUUAAAAAAAAAGAAUCUACCGGUCUGGUCUGAUCGCAUCCGAUCACCUCAUAUUAUCGU